UCCGAUUUUUGCCGCGAAAGCCUGGCGUCCUGCUCGGAGAUCCUGGCGGGUUUUAUGGCUGAUUAAAGGCUGUUUUUGGUGUUUUUCUGCCGGUUUGUGAGUGUUUGUCGCGUUCAGGAUGUUUUGUGAGAAAGUGAUCGAGUUGAUCAGAGAGCUGCACCGGAUGAGCGACGGUCAGCUGCCCGCGUUUAACGAGGACGGACUGCGGCAGGUUCUGCAGGAGAUGGAAGCUCUUUAUGAACAGAACCAGACUGACGUUAACGAGGCGAAAUCUGAAGGUCGAGCUGAUCUGAUUCCCUCCAUCAAGCUGCGUCACUGCUGCCUGCUGAGAAACCAGCGCUGCAUCACCGCCUACCUGUACGACCGCCUGCUGAGGAUCCGGGCGCUGCGUUGGGAGUACGGCAGCGUGCUGCCCGCUAACGUUCGCUUCCACAUGUGUGCGGAGGAGCUGCAGUGGUUCAGUCAGUAUAAAAAGUCGUUGGCGUCCUUCAUGCGUUCUGUCGGCGGCGGCGACGGACUCGACAUCACGCAGGACAUGAAGCCUCCGAAGAGUCUUUACAUCGAGGUGAGGUGUCUGAAGGAUCACGGCGAGUUCGAGAUCGAUGACGGGACGGUGAUCCUGCUGAAGAAGAACAGUCAGCACUUCCUGCCGCGGUGGAAAUGUGAGCAGCUGAUUCGUCAGGGCGUGUUGGAGCACGUCAUGUCCUGAUCGAUCCUGAAACAUCCUGAUCGUGUUUAUUGAUUAUUACUGUCUGGAAACUGAUUGAUUUAAUAUCCUGAUGUCAAAAUAAAUAUUUUUUUUAUAAA